GUGUACAACGUCUCCGUGUCGGAGGAGGACCUCCCGGGGAUGCCCGUCGUCACGGUAACGGCGACGGACGCCGACCAGGACGCGCGGCUGUCGUACCAGAUAACGAACGGCAACUCUCGCAACCGCUUCAGCAUCAUCAGUCAGAUGGGACGCGGUCUGAUCGCCAUAGCUCAGCCUCUUAACUACAAACUCGAGCGCAGCUCGUGGUUUUUCAAGUCGCCGUGUCAGUGUGUGACGAGGUGCACACAUCACUGCCACACCCGUGCUCGUGACGUCACCGCCGUCACCCAUGACGUCACCGUUACCGUCGCUCGUGACGUCACCGUUACCGUCGCCCAUGACGUCACGGCCGUCGCUCGUGACGUCACCGCCGUCGCCGCUGAUGUCGCGCUGCAGGACGGGCUGCGUGUCCAGCAGAUCACGGUCGACCCGACGUCCGGGAUCGUGCGCACGGCGCGCGCGCUCGACCGCGAGGACGUGCCCGCGUACACGCUCGUCGCGUACGCGUGGGACCGCGGCAAGCGCCCGCUCUCCGCCUCCGUCGUCGUCAUGGUGACGCUCGCCGACGUCAACGACUCGCCGCCGAAGUUUGCGAGCGACCCGCUGCGCUACUACGUCUCCGAGAACUCUCCGGUCGGUUCGACGGUCGCCGAGGUCGUUGCCGACGACCCCGACCUCGGCGCGAACGCCGUCGUCGAGUACGCGAUCGUUGGCGGGCCCGACGCAGACGCGUUCGCGCUGGUGACGCGCCGCGGGGAGCCGACGCGCCUCGUCACGCGGGUCGAGCUCGACUACGAAUCCGAGAAGAAGGCGUACCAGCUGAUCGUGCGUGCGUCUUCGAUGACGUUGUUCACGGACGCGAUCGCGCAUGUCGUCGUGAGGGACGUCAACGACAACCGCCCGGAGCUCGACGACUUCGCGAUCGUCUUCCACAACUUCCGCGACCACUUUGUGCGGGGCGUGAUUGGUCGCGUUCCCGCUCGGGACCCGGAUGUGAACGACCGGCUGCAGUUCGCGAUCACGGCCGGGAACAACGCGCGCCUGCUCAUACUGAACGAGACGACCGGGGAACUGUCGCUGAACGGCAGCCUCGACACGAACGUACCGAUCCGCGCAGCCAUGGAGGUCAAGGUUACCGCUGUUGAAAGACGUGUUCGUGGCAGUUCAGGUCUCAUUUCGGAUGUUCAGUGGGUCAUGAUCAUUGUAGUGGGUGAGGAUGGUUCUGUUGCAAUGGGCCAACACUUUGCGUAG